CGGAACAGUUGCCACUCCGUUGGGUUGGCUGGCAUCCACAGCCCAAGAGUGAGCAGGAAGGCCACCCUUGGCAGUUCACCAUGGGCACUGGGAGGUGGCAGUGACCCAGAGCUCCUGGCAGAGAGAAGAGGCCAUGGAAGAGAGACCAGCGAGCCUGGAAACUCCAACCGUGCAUCAUGCCAACCUGAAUCCCAGCUCUUGUGCCUCAUCAUCUGUCCUGCCCAUCGUGGCCCAACCUCCCCCACCAGAAGAGACCAUUCGAGGAGUUGCCUUCAGACCCUACCCUACAGACUCCAGACUGGCUCCUGUGCCCUGCGUGGCUCGCGAGACCUCAAGGGCCUCCUCCACUCCAACGUUCAAGGCGUCUUGGAGGAUGGGCCAGAAGAGGUUGGCCCUCAUUGUCUGCAUCUUAAUCCUCAUUGUGCUUCUGGUGGCCCUCAUAUUGCUGUUCUUGUUCUGGCGCUCCGGCACAGGCAUCGUCUACAAGGAGCCGGAGGAGAAAUGCGACAGCCACGCGGUGCGCUGCGAUGGAGUCGCCGACUGCUCUCAGCGGAGCGACGAGCUGGACUGCGUGCGCUUCGCCGGGAACGAGUCCUUUCUCCAGGUCUACUCGGGGCCCCAGAAUAGGUGGCUGCCCGUGUGCAGCAAAGACUGGACGGAGGAUUUAUCCAGGAAGACCUGCCGGCAGCUCGGAUUCCUCAAUGCCUCCCUAACAGAUUAUGCCCCUCUCUCGUGGUCUGGGAACAGCUUCACAGCCAGAGAAAUGAACAACACAAUCCAGCAGAGCCUCAGAAGGUCCCAAUGUGGCACUGGAAAGUAUGUUUCCCUCCGAUGCACAAACUGCGGGCAAACAAUGUCUGGCCGCAUUAUUGAAGGCAACGAAACAACAAUCAAUAAGUGGCCUUGGCAAGUGAGCCUGCACUAUGGGUCGAUUCACAUCUGUGGAGGGACCAUCAUCGAUCCUCAGUGGGUCCUCACAGCAGCUCACUGCUUCUUCAUGAAUAGUGUGAAGAUCCUGGACCAGUGGAAGGUGUAUGCUGGGGCCUCCAACCUUAAGCAACUGCCUACCGCGGGCAUCCCUGUUUCACACAUCAUCAUCAAUGCCAAAUACGAUGAUGAUCAUGAUGACUUUGACAUUGCACUGCUGAAGCUCUCGAAGCCUCUGACCUUAUCAGCCAAUGUCCGCCCAGCCUGCCUCCCCAUGUUUGAUCAGAAGUUCCUGCCUGGGAGGACCUGCUACAUCACAGGCUAUGGCAAGACAAAUGAGAAUGAAGAGAAUACAUCGCCAAAGCUGCGGGAGGCAGAGGUGAAGAUAAUUGACUACAGACUCUGCAACAGCCAGAAUGUCUAUGACCACUACCUGACCCCACGGAUGAUGUGUGCUGGGUACUUGAAAGGGGGAAGAGAUGCUUGCCAGGGUGACAGUGGAGGCCCCCUGGUCUGUAAUGACAGCUCCCGUUGGUACUUGGCUGGCAUCACCAGUUGGGGGACUGGCUGUGGCCAGAAGAACAAGCCUGGUGUCUACACGAAGGUCACAAAGCUGCUUAGCUGGAUUUACAGCAAAAUGGAGAGCCAGAGCCAGACUGACUGAGAAAAGAAGGGCUUCUUCUGCCCCCAGCACCACAUCUGUCUUCCCAUGGAAAGGUCCUCAUGGAGGCUGUGGUGGCCAGAUGCAUUUUCCUGCUCAUGGGCCAUCAGGAUGACUGUGUGGCAAAGGACAACCUUUUCCUCUCCCCUCUUCUGGUACUUCUGGGCUGCUGCUGCUGCUGUUGCUGUCAGUGCCUCUUGGACUCUGGCUUGUGCCUCUGGGGGCUGAUGCGACUGAUGCUGGGCCUGGAAUGGAGCAUCUGGGAGGAGUGUGGAGUGUGAUUAUGUCCUCCCCAGAGAAUCAGCUGUGCUCAAGCUCUGGAACUGCUCUUGGGAUCAGGUUGCAUUGGCCAAAAGGGAACAGACCACUUCUCAGUGUUUAAGGUCACCUGUUUGUGCAGUUUGGACCAGGAAUGGAUUGGAUUGGUCCUUGCACUUGGAAAUGGGGCAGAAGAGGAGCCCUUGUAGCAUCCUUGGCUGCUGCAUCUCUGCCUCCUUUGCAUUUUAGAAUCACUCUGGCUACACCACAAGACCUUGGAAGCUAGGCCCACCUACCCACUAAGCCUCCCUCACUGGGAAGUCCUCAGGGCACAGCUAAGAAAUGCUUCAGCCUUAGGUAUAUCCAUGCCACUCACCCACUCUGGGGGAACUGGACCCCACCGGUGACCCUAUGUGGAGACACUGGCAAGCUGCAGAAGGGUGCCUCUCAGUCCCCAAACUGUGGCACUCUGUCGUGGGAACAAGUCUCUUCUUUGCCCUUCUCUAUCCUGUUAAACAACACACCCUUGUAGGAGGACCUGCCUCCUUUGCUCUGGCACAAUGGCUUCCUAUGGGGCAUUCCCAUUUGCAAUGUCAAGUGAGAUGCAGGCCAUUGGUCUACCUGGCUCUGUACUGUCUGCUUGACUGGCAGUAGUAAUAGCCCCACCUCCUGAAGCUUCAGGUGUGGCAUUUUCUUAGCCAAGCACCCUGGAACUUCCACCUACUGCAUGCGAAGCAGGUGCUCUACCACUGAAUUAUGACCUCUCCCUUUGAGGUAGACCAUGGUAGCGAAGCUGCCUUCCUAUAGUGCAGAGAACUUCUUAUCUGUGUCUGCUACCAAUAGCCAAGGGCCCAGCCACCAACUAUGUACCAUUUGCCUGUUGGCAAAGGCAGCUGUUUUGCCACAUCAGCGUCAUAGAGAGAAAUGUGCAUAAUUGGUGUGUGGCAAUAAUAAGUUUGCUAACAGGAGAUGCAGUGGCAUAGCAUGGAGGGGGCACAGGAGCGGUCGCCCUGUGUGCAAAAUUGUUAGGGUGUGCUUUCAUCACUGGACUCUGUUGCAAUGUCUUCUCUAUGCAAACCAGGAGUGACCUCUCCAGACAACAAAGCAACUCUUCUUAUCUCUGCAGCUGAGAUCUCUUGGGUGAUGUGGACGCAAUUAGGCAGUUGAAUAUGCAUGUGUACUCCAUCUUUUCCCCUCCCAUUCCUUGUGUGGCCCUGGGCACUAGCAACCCACGCUAUGCCACUAAGGAGGUGUGAAGAGGAGUCAGCCUUAGUACUGUGCCUACCCCAAAGAACUGGGGCUGUUAGGGGGCUCCUCGUGCAGCAACAUGCUCUUUAAAGACCACACCCCAUGCCACAAUUGCCUCUAAUGUUUAUACACAUUUCAACAUUAGCCUGAUAGUAACUGUUGGGCAAUUAUUUCUCCUGAAAUCGCAUUUACGUAGCUCCUGGGUUUAGACUUUUUCCUGGUGUUGGAGGGAGAGCCACUUCUCCUGAUCUUAGGGCACAGGAUGAUGUACAGGGUGACCUUCUUGCCCAUCAAAUCCAGAAUCCGGGGACUUCCCAGGUGCAUCUGGGUGCUCACAAGCAGAGCUUGACGAUUAGCCCCCUGCAUCUGGUACUAGGAGGUAACUUCCUCUCACUACAAAGGCUCAACCUAGCUGUUUGGGACAGACCUCUCUCCUCCACAGUGUUGCCUGAUCCUCAUUUAAAGCCACCCAAGCUGGUGGUUUUUGCCACUUCUUGUGAAAAUGAAUUAUAUUAUUUAAUUAUG